GUGCUCCUGACGGGCGCUCAGAGGGCCGCACCGCCGGCCUUGUAGCCAUUUUAGGAGGAAACCCAGUUUGCUAGCCCUGGGCGCGGUUUCGAUUUCAAUAACUUUAUUGGUGGCUUUAUCAUCAGAACACCGAUCGCACCGGCAAGUGGGAGAGUAGGGAGCGCUUCACGGAAGGUGGUCUCCGACUGGAGCUGCAGCCAUGGGAAACACCACCAGUGACCGGGUGGCUGGGGAACGCCAUGGCGCCAAGGCUGCACGCGCUGAGGGCGCCAGCGGCCACGGCCUGGACAGGGAGCAUAAAAUCAUGGUGGGCAGCACAGAUGACCCCAGCCUCUUCAGCCUACCGGACUCCAAGCUCCCUGGGGACAAAGAGUUUGUAUCCUGGCAGCAGGAUUUGGAGGACUCCGUAAAGCCCACACAGCAGGCCCGGCCCACUGUUAUCCGCUGGUCUGAAGGAGGCAAGGAGGUCUUCAUCUCUGGGUCCUUCAACAAUUGGAGCACCAAGAUUCCACUGAUUAAGAGCCAUAAUGACUUUGUGGCCAUCCUGGACCUCCCUGAGGGAGAGCACCAGUACAAGUUCUUUGUGGAUGGACAGUGGGUUCAUGAUCCAUCAGAGCCUGUUGUUACCAGUCAGCUUGGCACAAUUAACAAUUUGAUCCAUGUCAAAAAAUCUGAUUUUGAGGUAUUUGAUGCUUUAAAACUAGAUUCAAUGGAAAGCUCAGAGACAUCUUGUCGAGAUCUUUCCAGCUCACCCCCAGGGCCUUAUGGGCAAGAAAUGUAUGUGUUUCGACCUGAGGAGAGAUUAAAAUCCCCUCCCAUCUUACCUCCUCACCUUCUUCAAGUUAUUCUUAAUAAGGACACUAAUAUUUCUUGUGACCCAGCCUUGCUCCCUGAGCCCAAUCAUGUUAUGCUAAACCAUCUCUAUGCAUUGUCCAUUAAGAUAAAGAAACUAAGGCUCAGAGAAGUUCAAAUUGCUAGACAGUGUGAUGGUCCUUAGCGCAACCCAUCGCUACAAGAAGAAGUAUGUCACUACUCUGCUGUACAAGCCCAUUUGAAGGAAUCCCUCCUGCCUCCCAGGCUUCAGAAGCAUCUCCCUUGCCUACCUGAGACUGGAAGGCUGAUUUGCUUGCAGGCUGAUAAUUGUGUUUCAGAGCCUCUAAGUAGGAUGCUCUGCUUUUGCAUUUGGUUGAAGAUGAGAGCUUUAUGAAUUCAUGGAAUUUAUUUUAAGUAAAAAGUUACAUAUAUACUGUCUGACACAAUUUGAGCUUGCUAUAGCAACAGAGUCUAACCUAUUCUGGCGCUCUCUCUUCCAUGGGACAAGCCGUUAUUCAGACUUAGACAGUGUUUUAAAAAAAAGUUACAUACAUAUAUGCAUAUGGGAAGGAGGUUAAUGGAAGUCUAGCUGGAUGUAUUCUGUCUGCCUGUGGGACUCACCAAGAACUGUUUAGGGAAGCUGCAGGAAGAACCUUCAUAAGAGGAAGCUCUUUUCCUAAAAUGAAUGGAGAGCAAACUCAGGGUCUGUGAGGGGUGGAGAAUAUAUCACUGCUACCUUGGCUUUCCAGGGGAUGGGGUUGUGCCAGAGUCCUGCCCUCCUUACAGCUGCCUGUUUGCAGGGGCUGCUUUUCUUGCAUGGUUUUUUCUGUAUUCCCAGAGUAUGGGGCACAAUCAGUGUUUUUUAUAAUACCAGAUGCCCAUAAGUACCCUUUUUCCUCUCAUUUCACAUUCUUGCUUUGAUAAACUAUUUCAGGUCCUAUACCUGACCCUCCCCUAACAGAAAAAAUCAUUGGGUAAAUGGCCCCUUUCAAUGACUGUGUGAUAUCUGACCCACCUUGGAGACAAGGGCUGUCAGAAAGCCUCCUUUUUGAUCCCAGCACAGGCCCAGGCUAGCUGUUACCACUUGGCUCAGCAUUAUAAGAAAGGCAGGAAUGCAGGUCUAUUUUCUUGUUUUAGUCUGAUGCCACAGCUUAGGAUAAUAUAUUGGCACAUUCCCAUGAGUUUUCCCACAAGGCCUGACUCUGUUCCAUGUUCUCUUUCUCAAAGCAGACAACUUUGAAGGUAGGAGUGAACCAAGAAAAAUUUGCAUGUCUUUCAUCUUUGGAAGAUUUUAUAUGCUUACACUUUUUUUCAAUUAAAAAUGUCUCUUCAUUGGUCUUAAGAGAAUGCAUAGAAUUCAGGCUCGUGAUUAAUGAUUCUCAAGAUUUUCUUCCCUAGUCUAGCCCUUUGCAACCUUACAUUAAUGUAGUUGACCCUGUGCAUAUUGUUACAGUAAAUGCUGUUCUAGAUACAGAUUUAUUCAGAUUCCUUUGAUAUACCUAAAAGGUUCCCUCAAAUUACAGAUUCAUUAGGACAAGAAGCAAGAACAUACUCUUGGUGUUUUAAGCCAUGAAAAGUAGUGCCUCUCUGCACUAAGUGCUAAUAGAAUCAUUUUGUUCUGCCUCCUUUUUAAGAACAUGUUUGAUGAUGAAUUGGGGUCAGCGACUUUCAUUUGUGGAAUGAAAAGUAGCUAUUCAACCUACUCUUGGGGUAUAUAGAACAUUUUCCAGGUAUCUGUGCCUCUUCCAUUACAGAUAAAUUCGACUUAAACAUUUAACACUGAAGGAGGCCAAACUUGAUGCCUGAAAGAAUGGCAAAUUUGAUCCUUUGCUAAGAUGAGCCCAGCCACACUGAAAGGGCACCCACAGGUCAGUUUAGUUGCCUCCUAGUUUCCCAUACAAAGCUGACAGAGUUGUCUUCCUGUAUGUAGAUGUCUUAGAUCCCCUUUGUGUGGCAGUAGGAUGUGGGGUUGUUUUGCAGGGAAUGCAGAUUGCUAAGUUCUUUGGUGCUUUAUUGCUGAGAGUAAAUAUUGUUUUAGCCACACAGGCCUCUUUCUGAAGCUUUUAUAGAGAACUUAUGGUCCCAGCCACUUUAUGAAUGGUAUGCUAUUUAAAAAAUCCAGGCCAAAUCCUAUUUUAACCAACUCAGGAUAUACAUCAUCUUCAGUUAAACUAGAAUUUUGUUUUUUUCUAAUACCCAUUAAUAAGUGGGCCAUUUUGGAGGAUUAAAAAUCUUGGAUGUUGCGUAAAUGAUUUUGUUGUACACACAUUUCUUGCCAACAGUAUUGAAAUGUAAUUGCUUAUGUGUUCAUGUAUUACAAUUUUUAUCCCACACAGGCAUAUUAGUAGAGUGGGGCAGGAAAAGAGAUCCCUUCAGUGUCUCUCUCAGGCCAGAGUCUCCAUUGAAUUGAGUCUGGCUGCAAUGACAGUUGGUUUUAAUGAUACCAACCUUCACAUCUCUCUAACUGGGAAAUGGCCAGAGAGUGUCAGCUUCCCCAGUUCUGAAGGACUCUCAGCCAGACAUGAAAUGGGAGUCUACUAACUGGUAUGGAAGGUGACAGGAAGAACCAGGGGAUGACUCCUUCAGUAUUGUUCCUUCUUUAUACUGCUAAUACAUCCCAUGGCCCUGAGAAGCCCUAUCACGCUUUCAGUCUGUCCCCAAGAAACUGCUUUAGAAGGUAAAUAGGGAGGGAAGAAGGUAGCCCAAAGUACAACUCACCCAUUCUUUUAUAUUGGUUAAAGAGAUAGUUUAUUUCUGCAAAAGAGAGUUUGGCAGAUUUUGAAAAUGAAUAAGAACAAGAAAAAAUUUUGGCUUUUUCUGGGGGUGUUGGGGAGUUAUAGGAGUUUCAGAGUCAGAAGAGUAAAAAAAAAUAGCUCUUGGAAUGGUUAACCUUUUUAAAGAACUGCCUCAUGGUUUAAGAGUUGUGGGAAAAAAGAAUGACUUAGCUGAGGAGUAAUACUAAGAAAAUAACAACUUGAGUAACUCAGAACUAUGCUUUUUAAAAUCAGGCAUAAAUACUAGUGUGCUUGGAUCCCAUUGUACAGAAUUUACUGUAUAAAACAUCUUUCCUUUUACUCUUGUUCCAGUUCUCUAUCCUUUUUUUAUAUUCUGCUUUAACUUCAUUUGUCAGGCAGACUUUACCAGGGUCUCAAGUCAAGCAUUAACCUAAAAUAAAUGUUAGUCAUCUUGCUGGUAUGGAGAACUUUCAGUCAUGGUCAUUAGCUUGCAUGAAGCUAGAGUUGAAUGGUAUUUAAUCACUGUAGGCAAUACCUGUGAAGGGCAUACUUGGCUUAAUAGUGUUGGUUUUUAAAACAAUGCUUAUAUGGUAAAUCCUGUAAAAUAAGAAUCCAAGAGAACUUUCUGAGACAAUCCUACAAACUGGACCACUCACUUCCCUUCAAUUAUUUCUAGUCUCUUGUAGAUCUAAUCAGUCUGAGAUUAAACCUUUGAAAAGUGUCAGUACUCCAUGUAUACUGCUAAAAUGAAGUUAAAUUUGCAAAGUGUUACUUCACACUGGGUAUAUUAAUCUGGGUUAUAAAUGAAGGAGACAUACUAAUGAUAGAAAUCCCUGCUUUUAACUGGGAGAACAGGGCUUUUAAAAUGUUGAUCUCAAGUAAUGAUAUGCAGUAGUCUGUGUGUGUCUGAAAUACAUUCUGUUCUCAGAGAUUUCUAAAUCCUCAUGUUCCAGUGAUUUGGGCAUGGGUUCACUAGCAGAUACACAGCUUGUUCCUAUACUAUUCUGACUCAUCCAUAAAGCCAGGUUCUUGCUGUCUUCUACCCUAACUUCAAGGUUAGGGAUAGAGGACCCCUAACCUUGGAGGGUUAGGGGUCAAGGUCUUUUAAAACUCUGGAUCUGGGCAUUUGUCUAUUCUUAAGCAUCAAUCAUAAUUGGAGCUCGAAGGGCUGUGAAUUAUGCAAAAAGUAAAUUAUCUUUUUAAAUUAUUUUUUUAAAGGUUUCAAGAAAAAACACUCGAGUCUGCUACUUAUGAAAUCCAGUUCUUAGUAAUGGAAUAUCUAAGAUUCAUAUUUGGACUUUGUCUUGAUUUGCUUUUCUCAAUUGUGCUUUGAAGUAAAUAAGUUUUGUUAAAAAUUAAAAUUUUUAUUAGAUUCAACAUCAAUUGGAGAUUAAUUAAUUGUGUGUAGCACAGUGCUUUUACAGUAAGACUGGCAUGAAAUACUAAACACUGGAUUUUAUAGUCAGGUUAAAAGGUCAAGGAGUAACUACUAUAAGUAUUGCAUUAUGUUUUGAUCAUCUCACUUUUCUGUUUCUGUCUACAGAACAUUCAACCUUACCCAGGUCUGGGUUUUAGAACAGCUGAGCUCACUCAUGUUGUUAGGUCUAAUCUCCUUACCAGGCCCUGUAUGUGAGACUUGUUUGAAGUUUGGUAAAUAGGAGGAUGUUGGUUGUUACUACACUGAAACAUUUUGAAUGAGUGAAGCUCUGUUAUAAAGGGAAAAUAAUACUAUAAUAUGAAGAGAAGUAAGAUAUGUAGGAGUCCUUUAAAUGGUGCUUUUGUAUCCUUUAGUGCUGACAUGCAGAGCUGCUUUUCAAUACUUAAUAGAGGAGUAGCAUUCAAGAAUGUAUUUUAAAACUUUUAUUCAAAUGUAAUUUGUCACUGUACACUGACAUGUCUGAAAAUUAUGUGAUGUAACACAUACAUAAAUGUGUUUUUCCAUAAAGCUAUUGAAUAAAAGUAUUACACAGCAA